AUGGCGCGCGACGACGAGGAGGACGAGGCGCAGGUGCAGGCGCUGGCGCAGCUGCAGGAGCUGAAGCGCCUGAGCGAGGCGCGCCAGGCGCUGCGGGCGGCCAACUGCGCGGAGGGCGUGGCGGCCGCGCGCGCGCAGCUGGCGAGCCUCAAGCUCAAGUCGGACAUCAAGCGGUCGUCCGCCUUCGUCAAGAAGCUGCGCGUGCUGUCGGAGAGCAACGCGGACUCGCUGCUGCGCGACGCGGCCGAGCUGAACCUCACGCGCUACGUGAGCGAGUGCGUGGCCGCGCUGGCCGACGCGCCGCUCAAGGCGGCGGACCUGGCGGCCGCCGUCAAGGUGGCGUCGCUGCUGCACCAGCGCUACGAGGAGUUCGCGCCCGGCAUGGAGCGCGCGCUCAUCGGAAGCUUCGAGGCCUCGUACGCCUCGGACGACAAGAGCAAGAUGCUGCGGCGCCGCCUGAUCCUGCGCCUGCUGUGCGAGCUGUACCUGGCCGGCGUGCUGGACGACGUGCAGGUCAUCGCGCACAUCAUCCAGCGCGUCGCGCGGCGCGAGCAGCCCGGGGCCGGCAAGAGGGGGUCCAAGGGCAACAUGUCCAUGGGCUCCUCCUCUUCCUCCGGCUCGCAGCAGCUGGAGGUGCCGCUGCUCGUGAGCUUCGCCAAGUCGGUGGGCGUCGACUUCCUCGGCGCGCCCGUGGUGCCCAAGGCCGUGCAGCAGCAGUGUCUGGCCUGCUACCUGGAGGCGUACGAGAUGAUCUGCAAGUUCUACUUGGCGCAGCACGCGACGUUCCUCAAGCUGGACACGCGCAACGAGAAGGAGGAGGUCAACCGCGGAGAAGUGACGGAGGAGCACGUGCAGGAGCUCAAGAACGCCAAGCUGCUGUUCGAGAAGCUGCAGACGAGCGUCAACUCGCUGGCCGACGCGCUGGACCGCGAGGUGCCGCCGCUGCCCGUCGAGGAGAAGGACGACGGAUCGGGCCGUGGUGGAAUUCUCGUCUGGGAAGGAGGAGAGGGCGGCGGGCGCGAGCUCAGUCGCGACGGCCCUUUCGAUGAUGAAGCCACGCGCUCAUUUUACGAGGAUCUUCCGGAUCUGCUGGAGUUGGUGCCUGCUGUUGUGCUUGGCCUCACGGAGGCUGAUGUGGCGGAGCUCAAAAAGAAGAAGGAGGCUACGGCUAACGCGGACGAAGAAGCUGAAGCGGAGAUUGAGGACGAAGCUGAGGGCAAUGUCGACGAUGACGGGAAAGACGGGGGAGACGCCGACGACGUGACUCUGGAAGAUAUCGAGGCAGAUGCAGCGAAGGACUCUACUGCGACUGAUACAGACGAGGAGGAGGGCAAGGGCAAGGAGGACACGGAGGAUGCGAGCGCCAGUGCCUCGACAACUUCUUCGAGUGCUGCAACCAACAGCUACCACCACCAACUGGACGCGUUCUUUACUUCCCUGGAGGACCUGGUGAACCGUGAUCGCUGUGACAAGGCGGCAGUGGAGUUUUGCUACCGCAACUCAAAGGCGACACGAAACCGCCUCGUGAAGACGCUGUAUGCGGUGCCGCGGACUCACUUGGAGCUGCUAUCUCAUUAUGCACGCUUGGUUGCCACGUUGCAGAGCGUGCUGAAGGAGGAUAUCGGUGGAGAACUCGUGGGUAUGCUCGUGGGCGAGUUUCACGGCCUGAUCAAAAGGCGCAACCAGUUCCGACUUGAGUCCAAGAUCAAGAACAUCCGUUUCCUGGCGGAGCUAGUCAAGUUCCGUAUCUGCCCGCCGAACACAGGCUUCCGGUGCCUCCAGAAGUGCUUCCAGGACUUCCAGGGACACAACGUGCACGUGGCAACGACGUUCCUCGAGAACUGUGGUCGCUUCCUGUACUGCUCGAAGCACACCCAUGUCCGCACGGUCAACUGCUUGAACGUCAUGAUGAAGCUCAAGGCGGCCAAGCACUUGGACCCGCAGCUGGAGACCCUCGUGGAAAACGCGUACUACAUGUGCAAGCCUCCCGAGCGUGUGGAGCGGCAGGUGAAGCAGUACGACCCGAUGUACUUGUUCCUGAUUAAGGUGCUGUACCAGGACCUCAACGGAUCGAACGUCAACAAGGCCGUAAAGACCCUUCGCCGGCUUCCGUGGCAGGAAAGCUCCACUUGUGCUAUGGUGCUCAAGGCGCUGCUGAAGGUGACGAAGGGCAAGGUGAUGCAAAUGAAGUGGAUCUGCGAGGUGGUAAAGGGAUUGUCGCGAUACCACGAUGAAGUGCUGGUUCUGCUGGUGGACGAUGUGCUGGAGCAUAUCCGAUACGGCUUGGAGGUCAACGACUAUCGCGACCACCAACGCAGUCUGGGCUACGUUAAACUCCUGGGAGAGCUUUACAAUUGCGGUCUGGUGAGCAUGAACGUGGUGGUGGAGACCCUUUACCUCCUGAUCAAUCACUCGCACGACUUGCUCACGCUACCGCAAUACAGCAGCGACAAAAUUCCCCCUGCUCAAAUGUUGGAGAUGAAAAAAAUGUUCUUGCUCGUGCCCGACAUGCGCUACGACCCUCGCGUGCCCAGUGAAGUGGACGGUCCGACUGAAGUUUUCCGUGUUCGUCUUGUGAGCGCCUUGAUUGAGACCUGCAACGGCAGCGGGAUCUCCAGCAUAACUGGAAACAGCGGCAAUUCCAACGAACGAGGCAUCUCGAGGCCUCGUCUCGGUCGUUUCAUGACUUUCUUCCAGCGCUACCUCUUCUCCAAGACGGAGGUGCCCAUGGAAACGGACUUUGUGGUGUUCGACCUGUUCGAGAUGCUGUCCAACAGUUUGAAGGACCACUUCAAGAAGUUCGAAACGUGGGAGGAGGUUGACCAGGCUGUCCGGGAGAUUCUACGUGGUGACUUGGAGGAGGCUGAGCGUCGUCUGUCGAAGAAGAAUGCGGCUCUAGUCAUGGCUACGAACGGUCUCGAAAGCGAGCACCUUAUUAUUCACGACCGCAUUCAGAAGAGCGAGGAGGACGAGGAGUUCGAGAAGGCCUUCAAGUCGAUGAUGCACGGGAGCACCGACACCCGCAAGCCCGCGGCGCGCGUCAAUGUGGACAAGAUGGCGAUUCCUACCGUUGUGAAGAGCUCCGCUUCGCUCACGCCCGCGGGCCCGCGUGGAAUGCUGGCGCUUGAUGCCAACGGGUCCCCCGACGGCGUGGUGUUCCGCAUGCUGCGGCGCGGCAACAAGGGCAAGGUGGAGGCCCGUCAAUUGGUGGUGCCCGAGGCGUCGUCUCUGGCCCAGCACAGCCAUCGCCAGGAGAACGCUGGAAAGAAGGAGCAGUCGGAGCUGAAGCGUCUCGUGCUCCAGAACAUGGAGCGUGAUGACUUUAUGAAUGACGGACCUCCCAUGGACGGCAUGCCAAGCUUCGGCCCUCCUCCUCCGCGCCCCAAUGUCAACUACGGGAACCAGACGGGCGGACAGCAGGCGGGUGAGGUCCGCAUGGGAUUCGGAGGCGGCAGUGAGUGGAACAACGCGGAGUUCGGGCUGCGUCGGGGCAAAGGGUAUCGUGGGACGAAGUAGGCCUCGUAUCGUGGGAGCAGUUGGGUGGCGAUUGGCAGAGCGGACCCCGGCUUUUGACUCGUGUCGGGUGAGAAUGAUACGUUCGUCUUCGGAACUCCCAAAGCGAGAGGAGUUGGCACAGAUCACUGCGUGAAGCGCGAGCGCUGGGGACGCCACUGCAAUGGAAGCUGCCACUUUAGGUAACUGACCUUUAUGAUGAGCCGUGAAGUCGAGGGACUGUAAGAUGGUAGCGUCAGCAAGCGCAAGCAUGAGGUGAAGAGGCCCUCAUCAGCUCUGCAGUGGCAAGUCGACGGAGUUAUGAGGACUUAGCUAGAAAGCAGUGACAUUCGGAGCGUAGAGCUCUUGGAGCGAGGGCUAGUGUAUCGAUGGCUUGAUGUGCCCGACCUCCCUCCCUACCUCAGUUG